AUGGUUUUAGUUAAAGGUGCUGUCUUUACUGGUAGGAUAACGAAGAGUGUCCCUCUCUCGUUAUCCGUAAGACAUUUUUCGUUAUUAAAGGGGGCUCUUAGCUUGUUGGCAUUGAACAAAACUGAACUGGAUUCAACCUCUGCAAAUGGUGGUGCAGGUGAGCAUCAGCUUAUCCCAUGGGACGAGUCUCCAUACGAAGAUCUCCGUACUCGUGCUGCAUUCAUAAGAACGAAAGCUCGUUGUCCAACUACAGGCAAGUCAGUGAAUUACGUGUGUCCUAUCUCAGGUAUCCCAACACAUCAUGAUGAGGCAGCGUGGGCUGGUGACGUGCACUAUCACGAUACCAAGACAUACGAUUUAUUGAAGAAAGUUAAUUUGUAUGAACAUGACUUAAGAUCGGGCCGUAAGUUUGAUGAAUUUGUGUUUCCAGGCCAACAGGAGAAGGACUGUAUCCCCAACAUGUCGAAUUGGGAUGCCUUCUUCUAUACCCGUGAUUUCAGCCCAAUGAAUACAGAAUUCAACUUGGCUGCCGCCUCCAAAGUAUUGACUUACCCAGUGACUGUUGCUUCUGUGUUCCAUCGAUUCUCACCUUAUCAACAGCAGACUAAGAAGCAUGCAGCUGGGGAAGCCUUAACUUUAGAAGGUCUUAAGUCCCUCGCUGCAUUGCGUUAUACAUUAUACCCACCAUACUCCAAGCAAGACGAGAGUUCUUCCAUUUUUAAGGACAGACCAAUGAGAAUUUUCAUUGUUGGAUCUAAGAUGGAGUCGAUGUUGCCAGGUUACGUCUGGAAGCAGUUUGGCUACUUAUUUCCAGAAACUAAGUUUGAAUUCCAUUUCAUUGGGCCAGAAUGUUAUUUCGAUCCAAAGACUAGGCUGUUUGGAUCAACUGAUCAACCUCACGGUAGAGCCUUGGUAGAGAGGUUUGAUGAACAAAUAACUUUGCAUUAUCAUACUCAAUACUUCCAUGAAUUAUAUGAAAUGGGUGACCUUUUCCCCUUUGACCCAUACUUGGAUGCAUUUUUCCUUUUCCAUCCGGGGUUCGCCACAGCUGAUGAGAUCCACUGGAAUGAAAGUUUAAAGGGACUCUUGGAUUCCAAGUGUCCAAUCUAUAUAACUGGAUACCACGAAAAGGAUGCCACUAGAGAAUUCGACUGGUUGAAGAAACAUCCAUUGAGCGAAGAAAUGGACAUAUUGAUGAAUUUGACUGAAAAUUUCUUUGGGUCUACCAAAUUAGAUUUAGUUGAUAUAAAUCCUACUGAAACAUUUCAGGCGAACCACAACAUCUUCGCAGUUAGAGGUAAGAGAUACCAUGCUAUCAAAAAGUAG